GCCCCCCAUUCCCAUUCCACUUCCAUUUCCAUUUCCAUUUCCAUUUCGUCCCGUCCCCAUUCAUUCAUUCGUUACCAGAGAGACGAGACGACGACUACGGGGAGCGAGGGGCAGAGUUCGGAUCUCUAUUCCGGAGAUUUUUGUCUAGUUGGUGGUGAAGGAGGAUGUUGAGGGCUGUGGCGAGGUGCUGCGGGCACUGGCCGCCGGGCGCGGCGGCGGCGGACGGCAUGCUCUGGCAGACGGAGCUGCGGCCGCACGCGGCGGGGGAGUUCUCCAUGGCCGCCGCGCAGGCCAACCUCGUCAUGGAGGACCAGGCGCAGGUGCUCGCCUCCCCCUCCGCCACGCUCGUCGGCGUCUACGACGGCCACGGCGGCCCCGACGCCUCCCGCUUCCUCCGCUCCGCCCUCUUCCCCCACGUCCAACGCUUCGCCAGGGAGCAGGGGGGCGUGACCGCGGAGGCGAUCCGGAGGGCGUUCGGCGCGGCGGAGGAGGACUUCCUGCACGAGGUCCGCCAGGCCUGGCCCAAGCGCCCGCGGAUGGCCGGCGUCGGGUCCCGCGGCCCGCUCCGG